UGGUCUCUGGAGGGGUGAGACAUACCUCCUCGCUCAGACUCUCGCCGCUCUCCAUCCAUAGCGGAUCUCCAGCUCUGAAGCCACUUUGGAUGCGGACACCGGUGGAAGCGCUCGAUUCCUCCGCUACACACACACACUCACUCAAACACACUUUUAGUCAUGCAGCUUACCAAACAGGACCGGCCGGAGAAAUCCUAUCUGAUCAAGCGCAUUGAUGAGGGCAGCUGGGUGUGUAGCAGAGGAGCUCUGAGCCAUGAUCAUGACUGGAAAGGAAAACAAAACCUGUCGCUGAGGAAUUAUAUGAUGCGCCUUGGUCAGCCAACUGUGCAGUAAGGUGGGAAGGAUGUAGAGUCAGAGGUGGAGGCAGGAUGGAGUGCUCCUGGAAGACGGUGCUGCUUCUUGUAUGUGCGUCUCUGGGGGUGCAGUAUACAGCCAUUCGGACCCUGAGGGACUCGCUGUCAGGACCUUGUCAGGGAGCUUACCGCUGCCACAGCAGACAUCUCAGAGACUCCAGGUGGAGAGCCUCCUGUGAUGACAGUUGGUUGCCCGUGGAGUCACCUCGAAAGCACAUCCUGCUGUUUGCCACCACACGCAGUGGUUCCUCUUUCACCGGGCAGCUCCUCAACCAGCAUCCCGGGGUCUUCUAUGUGUUUGAGCCUCUGUACCACGUCCAGCAAGCCUUCACCAACUCCAGUAGCAGGUUGCGUCGCACCUUGGACCGCCGUGCCUUGCUGGGAGCAUACAGGGACCUUCUUCUCAAUCUGUACACUUGUGAGCUUCACUUUAUGGAGAACUACAUCCGUCCUGAACCUCAAGACCACCUCACAAGCUCCUUUUUCCGCCGGAGCUCCAGCCAUGCCCUCUGUUCCCCUCCGGUUUGCUCUGAUGGAGUGGUUGCAGCAGCCUCUGAUCCACCUGAUGAAACCUGGUGUCCUAAGAAAUGUGGCGCCCUGAACCUCACUUUAGCCUCUAUGUCAUGUCUGUCAAGAGGGCAUGUAGCUGUAAAGACUGUGCGGGUCCCUGAGGUGGGGGAUCUGCGCACUCUGACUGAAGAUCCACGUCUGGACCUGAAGAUCAUCCACCUGGUGAGAGACCCCAGAGCCAUCCUUGCCUCACGCAUGAUGGCAUUUUCUGAUCAGUUUCGCGCUUGGAAAAUAUGGAAUGCGACGGGGCGGCAGCCUCGAUACGUGGACCUUUCGCAGAUCACCAGCACCUGUAAGGACAUGGUGGCCUCUGUAGAAACAGGCCUGCAGAGACCGGCAUGGCUGCGUGGACGUUACCUGCUGGUACGGUAUGAGGACUUAGCCUUCAACCCAAAGGACAAGGCCAGUGAGAUCUACAGGUUUGCGGGGCUCGAAAUGGAGGAGAGGGUGAGGAUAUGGAUUGCAAAGAACACCAACAAUAAUGUGUCAUCGCCAUCUGAGUGGAACUAUAGAUACUCCACCACCAGAGACUCCAGAGUGACAGCUGAGAGCUGGAGGCUUCGUCUCAGCUUUGACAUUGUAAGAACAGUUCAGAAUCUGUGUAAUGACACUCUGGCUCUGCUGGGAUACAAACAGGUUCACUCCGCACCUGAACUCAGAAAUUUGUCACAGAGUUUAGUGGCACGCAGGACAUUUCAACCAGUCACAUAGUAGAUUUUUGUUGCAGAUUUUAAACAAAAUCUUUAUGUUAUUUAUUUAUGCUCAGUUUAAAUGAAUGUAAUUUAUCUUAAAUGUGAACAAUGCCUAAAAAUUAACAUUCGUUGUAUUUUCACUUUUUGUUAAGGAUAUUAAAACGGCCAAAUCUCAAGUGUGUGUUGCUGAAAAAUAUUAAUUACCCAAAAUAAAGUCCAUAUUGCUGUAUGUUUUGAAUGCUUUUCCUGACUUGUACAGCAAAGCUCUGAAGCCCAGUGGAAAAAGGUUUAGACUUGACUUUUCUUUUUUUUUUAACUAUGUAACUUUUUCAUAAUUUCAGUAGUUAGAGAGUUUAAAUGGCAAAGAAGACACGGCAGAGUCCAGGUGCCAUUUCGUAGUAAGUCACCAAGAACAUGCCCAUGAAUGAAGGGGGAAAAGGCAGAGAAAGACAAAAAUCAAAGGGAAAAAAAUUACAGGGCUUAGCUUCCAAGUGUCUCUAAUGCAUUUUGGAAAAGGAUUAAAAUGUCACAUAUUGCAGGAAAUCUUUGCUGGUGCAAUCUUCUGCAGUGCACAGCAACUCUGUUUUCAGUAUGUCAACAACAGGAGAUUAUUUCUUGUUUCUUCACUGUAAAUACUUAAACACUGUAAUACCUGAUUAAGUGGUGCAAUGCAAGUAUGAAAAUAUAAUGUAGUGGAUGUGUUUAGAAA